CCUGUUGUAUACUGAAUUUCCCUGCGGGGAUAAAUAAAGUUGAUCUUGAAUAUUUAAGCUUUGUUGUUCCUCCUGAGUUCUGCUCAAAGAGAAACUGCCCACAAUUGGCUCCGUGCACGUAACUAAGGAGUUCUACUUCCGCCGCCUUGAGUGUGAGGCCGACCAUUUCCGGUUUGCGACUUCUAUAGCAGCGACAUGGCAGAUUCUGAUUGCGGAAGAUGGCAUAUUUCACCCGUUGUCUACAAGGUUUCCCGAAAAUCGACGUGAACGACAUAUAUAGGAUUUUCGACCAGUGUUCACCUGCCCCCGGUUGUAAGCGUGAAAAAGGAUUUCGUUUGUACAUUUCAAGUUACAUCCACAACUUUGAAGGUGGGUAGCUAGCUAGCUGCUAGCAGCUAAGUAUUUUAUCUCUUAUUAAAUCGUUUCAAUAUUACGACAUACUUUAUUAGUGUUAUUAAAUACAUUACGUCUAUCUGAUUAUCAACUGGUUGUGUGUAUUUUUUAAUUGCGAUUUGUAUUUCUUCUCAGUGUCCAAGAAAGAUCCAGUGACAGGAGUAGUGUGUGUGAGGGCGUUAUGUCAUCCGUCAAUGGACAGAUCUAGACCACCUCACAUUUUAAGAGUGGGAUGAGUGUAGCGUUAAGAUGGUUACCCAUGUUCCUGGGCUAAUCAUGUUCUUUUGGUUCAUUGUGUUCUUUUGUUUUUUGUUCUAGGUUAACCACGUUCAUUUGGUUGACCAUGUUCCCUAUUCACGUUAAAAACGGACAGUGUACGCUUACUCCUACGUUACUAUGUCAUGUUUUCACUAACAGCAAUCAGUGAUGUAGUAUAGUUUGUUUUUACAGGUAUACUGAACAUCCCAAGGUAAAUGUGAAACACAUAAGAUGGGUAUAGUAAUAUAAACCUGCAAAGUUUAAGUAGGUAUACUGCAAUCUUGGUACUUUUUAAGUGGGGAUUCUGAGUGUACCUGCAAAUCAAAUAAACUGCUCCACUGACCACAUUAAAAUAAAAAGAUUAUUAAUCUAUUUACUAACAGUGUUUACAAGAAAAAAGUUAAAAUGUUACUAGCUUUUUAACAGUGUACAAAAUAAAUAGGAGCUUACUUGAGUAGCCCAUAUUAAUAUAUAACAAAUCAGUUAUGCCACUUUUUUAAAAAUAUUUUUUUUAACAUCUUGUUACAGGUGGGUCUGAAGGAUUCCAUCCCUGUUGAGCUGGCCCAUCACAGCUGUACAUGUGUAGCUGGAUCAGUGCUCUGCAACCAUUGUGUGGCUCUACUUUUCCAGUCUGCACAUUAUUCUCAGCUUGACAUUCCAGUUGUUCCACCAGUGCUGAGCUGCACGGAGAGUGAACAACAGUGGCACAAGCCAAGAACCUUGGGUGUUAAACCAGGUCCCGUCGAGAAGAUGGCUGUGAUGUCUGCCAAACCAAAGCAGAGGACCAUGCUCGAGGGAGUAAAGUCCACAUUGUACAAAGCCAUCAGUGGAGAGUUGCUGGACCUGUCUACUCUCAGUGUGUCAGAGAUCUACAAAGAGUUCACCCCUGUUUCUGCACCAACCACCUGUACAAUGGGUAUCACCUGUGAGGUCCCCCUAGUGGACUCUGCACUCGGUUUGGUACAAGCAGGCAGUCCCCUGUCAUACCAACAACCCAAGGCAAGAAGUAGCCCUUUUGCUCACAUUGAUGCUCCACCACGCCCAGAUUUGCCAUUGGCUGGCUACAGACUGGAGACAUCAUCCAGUGUGUUUGUUUUCACUGAGCAUCAACAACUGCACUUCAAGUCACUUGAGGUUACCUGGGAGAUGGCAAACAAAAUAGAAUAUGCAACUAGGAGUCAAAGUACAUCAGCAGACUGGCAUAGACUAAGAAAACCCAGACUCACGUCCUCACAUUUUGGAGAAAUAUGCCAUGCUAAACCAUGCACCUUAGAGAAGAUGGCAGACCGGCUGCUCAAAGGGGUUCGUCAGACAGCAGCAAUGAAGAGGGGUCUUGAAAUGGAAGCUGAUGCCAUUGAAGAGUACUGCAAGCUUAAGAGGGUUAACUACUACCCUUGUGGCUUCAUUAUACACCCUGACACUCCAUGGCUAGGUACAUCCCCAGAUGGGGUUGUCUUUGACCCUACAGAAAAUACUGAAUUCGGCCUUGUGGAAAUAAAAUGUCCAAAUGUUAAGAGCUAUGUGGAUUAUCCUCAUCUGAAAAUAAAAGACGGCAACCUGGAAUUGAAGCAGGGUCAUGCCUACUACUGGCAGGUGCAGGGUCAGCUGCUCCUAACAGGGGUGGAGUGGUGUGAUUUUGUGGUGUUUGCGGAGGAAGACACCCUGAUUCAAAGAAUAUACCGGGACAGUGAUGUGAUGCAAAAAAUAAGAGAGAGAGCAGACUUCUUCUUUUUCUACACAUACCUCUGUAAAUAUUUGCUGUAAUAAAAUUAAUUCUCAGUAGAGCUGUCUUGUUCUUGUUAUCUCAUAAUGUGAGUUGUUUCAAAUUAUUUAAAUUUGUCACGUAACUGAUUAGAAAAUAUGUGCUAAACAGAGUUGUAAUACUUUAAGGAUUUACCACUUAAAUA